GCAAUUGUGUUCCAUUAGAUGCGCAGUCUUCUCUACUGCAUCUUUCGCUAUAAAUAAAAAAUAUUUGCAAACAAUGACAAUACGUAAAAAAUAUUAUUCAUAAAUAUUCUAUUUUCUUGUCGAGUACUUCAACAUUACUAUAAUCGUUAAAUGAUGUGUAUGUUCAAGCAAAUGUAUUCGUGAAGUUUUUGAAUUCUUUAUUCAAUAAAUUCACAUAUAGAGAAAAAUCUAUAUUGAAACAAUUUCUGUCAAAUUUUUCUAAUUAAACGAAAUGGAAAAACAUAAUGAUGAACAGGAAAAAGACAAUAAUCCGGAUGAAGACAAACCUGGCCCAUCUUCAGAAAAUACAGAAACAGAGACAGAAGGAGAAGACUCGGGCAUGGAAAAAAUACGCAAAUAUUUAAUUCAGAAAUUAAAGUUGUAUGACUCAGACAAUGAACAAGAGUCAUCUCCAGGUGUUCUUAAAGAGCUAACCAUAGAUGGUAUUGUAGAUUACAUAAAACAGAAUCCAAAAUGUAAAAUUAUAACAAUGGCUGGAGCUGGUAUCUCCACAUCUGCAGGAAUUCCAGAUUUUCGUUCGUCUUCAAGUGGACUUUAUCACAAUCUAGAAAAAUAUAAUUUACCACAUCCCCAAGCAGUUUUUGAAUUAGAUUUUUUUAUGGAAAAUCCAGAACCAUUUUUUACUCUUGCAAAACAAUUGUUACCUGAAGGAUUUAAACCUACAUUAUGUCAUUAUUUUAUUCGUCUUUUAUGGGAAAAAGGUUUAUUAUUGCGACAUUAUACACAAAAUAUUGAUACAUUAGAAAGAAUUGCUGGAUUGCCAACAGAAAAAUUAAUAGAAGCUCAUGGAACUUUUCAUACUGGUCAUUGCCUUAAAUGCAAAGCGCCGUAUACGCUUGAAUGGAUGAAAGAAAAAAUAUUGGAAAGUGUAAUACCCAAAUGUGAAGAAUGCGAAGAAGGCGUAGUAAAACCUGAUGUGGUCUUUUUCGGAGAAAUGUUACCUGAACGUUUCCAUUAUUUUGCCGACAGAGAUUUUGUACAUGCUGAUCUCUUAAUUAUUAUGGGAUCAAGUUUGGUAGUACAACCUUUCGCCUCUCUUAUUGACAGAGUACGCCCUUCCUGUCCUCGUCUUCUUAUAAAUAAAGAAAAAGCGGGUAUGCAAGAUCGUUUGUCCAGAUUUUUAGGUUUAAGACAAGGUUUAAUCUUCGACUCCAAAAAUUCCAAUUCAGGACGAGAUGUUGCUUGGUUAGGUGACUGUGAUACAGGUUGUCAGUUGUUAGCUGACAAACUUGGUUGGGGUGAAGAAUUGAAAGCAUUGAUAAAACGAGAGCAUGAACGUCUAGAUGCAGAAAGUUCCAAUGUUAAGAAUUCGUAAAAAAUUGUAUAAAUAUAUAUGUAACAGACAAAGUAAAAUGAUUCUUUAAUGUUUA